AUGGCGGCGUCCCUGGGAAGAUUUGGAUAUUUUUCUCGUUGUGUUUUUUAUUUAAUUUUGUCGGUCGAACUGUUUGUCACUUAUGGAUUGAGUUCAGAUCUGCCGUGUGCCCAGAACUGUACCUGCAACGGAGAUUCAGUGGACUGUAGUAAUCUGGAGCUGACAGGAACGCCUCUGGACCUUCCAGACCGGACUGUCUCCUUAAAUCUUGGCCACAACAAACUGACUGUCAUUGAUGCUGAAGCCUUUGCCAACCUUCCCAACCUACGAGAGCUGCGGCUGGACCACAAUGAGCUGACCUCCAUACCAGAUUUAGGACAGGCUGCUUCCAAGAUUGUAUCUCUCUACCUACAUCAUAACAAGAUCCGCACUAUUGAUGGGCGGCGAACCAGAGAGCUGGUUUCUGUGGAAACCCUAGACCUGAGCAAUAAUGACAUCACAGAACUACGAGGACACUGCUUCCCUGCAGGCCUUCAAAUCAGAGACCUGUAUCUAAGCAACAAUAAGAUCAGUGUGUUGGAGCUUGGAGCUCUGGACCAUCUGGGCUCCACUCUGCAGGUCCUAAGACUGAGCCGAAAUCGCAUCAACCAGAUCCCCGUGAGAGCCUUCCAGCUCCCAAGGCUCACCCAGCUUGAAUUAAACAGGAACCGUAUCCGUCAAGUGGAAGGUCUGACCUUUCAGGGUCUGUCUAGCCUUGAGGUACUGAAACUGCAAAGGAACAGCAUCAGCAAACUGACCGAUGGAGCCUUUUGGGACCUGGCCAAGAUGAAAGUCCUUCACCUGGACUACAACAGCCUGACAGAGGUAAACAGUGGCUCGCUUUACGGCCUGACUUCCCUUCAGCAACUUUUCCUCAGUAACAACUCAAUAGCCCGCAUCAAUCCUGAUGGAUGGAAGUUCUGCCAGAAGCUGCGGGAACUGAAUCUGUCGUACAACAACUUGACUCGUCUGGAUGAAGGCAGUCUGGCGGUGCUGGGGGAUCUCCACACCCUCCGUCUGGGCCACAACUCCAUCAGCCACAUCACCGAGGGAGCCUUUAGAGGCCUCAAGGCUGUACGAGUUCUGGAGCUGGACCAUAACGACAUCUCCGGCACAAUAGAGGACACCAACGGGGCCUUCUCUGGAUUGGACAGCCUCAACAAGCUGACUCUGUUUGGAAACAAGAUCAAGUCGGUGGCCAAGAAAGCCUUCUCUGGUCUGGAGACCCUGGAACACCUGAACCUGGGAGAGAAUGCUAUUCGUUCAAUCCAGCCUGAUGCCUUCAGUAAGAUCAAGAACCUCAAAACCCUUCUCAUUCAGAGCGACAGCUUCCUGUGCGACUGCCAGCUUCACUGGUUGCCCGAGUGGUUGGUGACGCGUGGUCUGCAGGCUGGUGUCAAUGCCACCUGUGCCCACCCCGAGAGCCUUAAGGGUACCAGCAUUUUCCAGGCUCCAUCCAACAGCUUUGUGUGCGAUGAUCUUCCCAAACCCCAGAUUACAAUGCAGCCAGAGACCACAGUGACAGUUCUGGGUAGUGACGUUCGUCUUACCUGUACAGCUGCUAGCAGCAGCUCCUCUCCAAUGACCUUUGCAUGGCGCAAGGACCAGGAGCUGCUUCGACACGCUGAGACGGAGAACUACGCUCAUGUGCGUGCAUCCGACUCAGUUGUCGGAGGCGGGAGUGGUGGUGUGAUGGAGUACACCACCAUACUACACCUCCGGCGUGUCACCUUCGCUCAUGAAGGUCGUUAUCAGUGUAUCAUCACUAACCACUUUGGCUCCACCUACUCCAGCAAAGCUCGUCUCAUUGUCAACAUUCUCCCAUCGUUCGUGAAGACACCCAGGGACAGCACCAUACGGACAGGACACACCGCCAGGCUGGAGUGCGCUGCUGAGGGACACCCAACGCCACAGAUUGCCUGGCAGAAGGACGGGGGCACGGAUUUUCCAGCGGCCCGUGAGCGCAGAAUGCACGUCAUGCCCGAUGAUGAUGUGUUCUUCAUCAUGUCUGUUAAACCAGAGGACAUGGGCGUGUACAGCUGCACCGCCAAAAACACAGCAGGCACCGUCUCUGCCAAUGCCACUCUCACCGUUCUGGAAACCCCUCACCUGGCCCAGGACCUGGAGGAUCGCAGCGUUGUGGUCGGGGACACUGUGGCCCUGCAGUGCAAGGCCCUGGGUAGCCCGCCGCCCCGCAUCACCUGGCUGCGGAACGACCAGCCGCUGCGCCCUUCUGAAAGGCACCACUUCACCCCAGGGAACCAGCUACUGGUCAUUGGCUCCGCAUCGUUGGAGGACGCUGGCCGCUACACCUGCCUCAUGUCCAACACGCUGGGCACUGAGCGCGCUCACAGCCAGCUGGUGGUGACUCAACGCCGCAGCCCCUGCACGCCACCUUCAGGCCCAGGAACGGUCACCAUUGGCAUUAUAGUCAUAGCUGUGGUGACAAGUAUUGUGGUGACAUCACUGGUGUGGGUGUGCAUCAUCUACCAGACCCGGAAAAAGAGCGAGGAGUGUAGCGUCACCAACACAGAUGAGACCAUCGUUCCUCCAGACGUGCCCAGCUACCUGUCCUCCCAGGGCACCCUGUCAGAGCGGCAGGACGUGUGCAUCCGUGUGGAGGCCGGCGGUGGCGCUCAGCCCAACGGACACAUCGACACCACAGGCUUUGAUUGUGCAGUGGUGUGUACAGAUUGUAUGGAGAACAGUAACAGCUACUCCAAAGAUCCCGACUACCUGAGCCAUGACUUCAGCCCUGCAGCGGGUCUGGAGUACCAGCAGCAGUCUGUUCCCCCCGCCUACUCUGACUGUCUCACAGGGGAACAGCAGGACACAGGGACACACAGAGCCCCCCUCUGCAACGGUACCCCCAAUGGGAUCCGAAAGGACAUACAAGGAACCACAUUUCCAAAAAACCACAAUACGUUACAACAUGAUAGAACAGCAGUGAGCAGAGCGGGACAACCGGCGGCCGGCUCACCAUCACAGGACGAGUCCUUCCACAAACCAGUGAAGCUGACCAGCGUGACGAGCCACGGCCGCCACAAUACGGACUGUGAGCCUGAACUCAGACAGACUCUGCUGUCCAAUGGACACGCCCACAGAGCCUCUCUGAAUGAGAGCACCCCCUUAAGGAGAGCCAGCGAUUAGCAGGCACUCGUCCCUAAAAACGCAAGCCCACAACAUGGACUCGCGGUAGCUGAGUGGACUUUUAUCUUUGCACUGGGAAAUAAACUGCUACCUCAUAUCGAGGCGAAUGGUCCCGAGCCUCCUGGAUCUGGACUGAAAGGGAGCGCCGGGUGAGGGGGGUUAAAGAGAGAGAGCAUCCGGAGUUUGAAGGUGGAGCUUAUGUGGGUGGCGUCCCAUCUGAGCGUAUCAGCUGUACAUAAUUAAAACCUUCCCCUGGGAGGUGACCAAUAAAAAUUUUAGCUCCAAAUAAUGUGACUUGCAUUUGAAGCAUGUAAAUGUAGGGAAUCUUGUACAGUAUAUCGAUGUGCAGGGGAAAAAGAAAUAUACCUUUGGACAUUUGACUGUACAUAAGAGUUUUCUUAUAUUAUAUAUUAUAUAACUUUUACAAAAGAGUAUUUGAAUUUAUGUGCAUGACAAAGAAAGGAGUGAUGGUAUUUUUAUUUUUCUUCAAAAAAACAAAAAACAGCCUUUUUCAGCUUUUACCAACAUUCAGCUGCGGUGCCUUAUUGCAUGAUCAAAGAAAACUCAAAACCUUACUUUGAAAAGCAUUUAUCAAGAGACUUUUUGUGAGAGAUCCUGGUACACUCUUUAUCGCAAACACUUGAUUGCACUUGAAUGUUUUUUGACAAAUGCUGCCAACCAUGGCCUUACAGAAACACAAUUCACACUCACUGUUAGUGUAUGAAGGAAGAGCUUCGAUGUUAAUUAUUUUGCCAAGUCGGACGGUUCAGAGUGGUAUAUGCGGAGGGGGCGGUCAGUUAAAGCACUUUUAAUUCUUCAUAAACAAUAGGUUUGCAGAUACUUCCUGCCAGUAGGAAUGUAGGAAGCAGAGGUCCCUCCUUGGUGUGAGGAGACAUUCCACAUUUUUUGACACGGUAAAUUCAUCAGUACAUACUGAACCAUUAAGGCUCUUCCACCUGUUUCACUUAACACAUUACUGCAGAGCUGCUCUGAACUGGUUGGGAGACAGUUCUUCCCACUGGACUUUUAGUCCACUUUGUUCCUUUUGUUUUAAGGUGCCAUUUGCCUGUUAUUUGGAGCUGUAGUGCUGAUCCGUAAAGCUGAAAAGGCCAGGAACGAUCUCUCCAAAUGGACACAAGACACCUUCAUGUGCAUUUGAACAACUAUGUAAAAACACCUCAUGUUACUGUUCUGUAUUUUCACUUCAUUAAGUAAUGAUAAACACUGAAUUCAGCUUGUAAUUAAUUUCUCCUGCUUUUGUAAAGAAUCAAAUUUUGCAUUGGUUAUUUCACAUUCAAACUCUCUAAAUAUAGCUGUUUAAAGUGUUUUGUAAGAGAAAUUUGGUAAGUCGACUUAGACUGAGACUGGUCCAAUUUGAUAUUUAUGGAAGUUAAUUAUAUUAAAUGUAAAAUGUUGACAUUUUGGUUCGAUUUGGGUUGAUUUUGGUCUUCCAUUUUUGUCAUAACGUAACAAAUAAUUUACUGCAAAAUAGAGAAAUUUACACAUUGCACUUGAGCUGUGUAAAAUGCAGCAGAUUAUUACAAAACAUCAGUGUUACUACAUGAAGUGAAAAUGCAUCACUUUCUGUUGAGUCACUACACAAAGAGGUGUUUUUAUGUCAUGUGUUUCAGGAGCACUUCCUGUUAAUUGGCCAAUCGUCUAAUUGUACGACUCUUGUGCUUUCAGUUUAAGACAGAUGGUGAAUCACGGAGAAUUCUGUUGUGUUACUGCUGUAAUGUGCCUCAACAUCCAUCGUUGUGCGUUCUCGAGCAAACGGCCAGUAUUCCACGUCACGUCAGAUCAUAGCGUAUUCACGUCACUACAGCUGAAUAAAGUUUUGUGUUUGGAGGUUAUCUGGAGACGCGGCUCGAUGCUGUGAACAGUUGGGAAGCUUGUGAAAUGUGCUCUAACCAAAUGAAUGCAGUCAGACGCUCCUGUCACCAUCCCUGGUUACACUGGGUCACAAACCUUUUCUAAAUAGUUACAUUGUCUGAUGUUUGCAUGUGUUUGGACUGAACUGUGUUCUGUUACCAGUGGCCUUAUCAAGGUAAACCGGAGGACACGCUCCUCUGGUUACACCUGAUAGCACCUAUCAGAGAUGAUUUUACCAGCAAGACCAAUCAGAGAUCCCCAGCGGGAAACUAAUCUGUGUUCCAGGAAAAAGGGACAAGAGGGAGCGAGGUGCAGUUCAUGUUCUGAGUAAUUUAUUGAAAGAAAACUGUGCAAAACCAUUGUUCCAAUGUCAAAGCUAAAACAGUGAGGUGUCUAACAUGGCAUUGAAGUGUCUAAUAAAAAAAAUCACAUUU